GCCGCACGAAUAUGACGGGUCGGUGUCGGGCGCCCAUUCUAAAACCCUCGCUCUUCGCACUCACUGCUCUUGGCUUUUGUCUUCCCUCUCCUAAAACCCUCGCCUCUGCAUUCCAUAGUUAGGGCUUUUCAUUCUCCUCAUCACUUCUUCAAUGGCCACUCUUCUUCUCAGACACUCCUCUUCCACUUCUCGCCGCCUCUUCCCGUUAGCCUCUCAAAUCCAUUCUUCCGUAUCUCGUUCUCCUCUCUCUACUCCCAAUGACUCCACUACCUCCUCCUCCUCCUAUUCUUUCAAUUCCAAUCCAUGGUGGAGAUCCAUGGCAACUUUCACCAGAACGAAGCCUCACGUUAAUGUCGGAACUAUUGGACACGUGGAUCACGGGAAGACCACGCUAACAGCGGCAAUCACCAAGGUGCUUGCGGAUGAAGGGAAGGCCAAGGCUGUUGCCUUUGAUGAAAUUGACAAGGCUCCUGAAGAGAAGAAGAGAGGAAUCACCAUUGCAACGGCUCAUGUGGAGUAUGAGACUGCAAAACGACAUUAUGCGCAUGUGGACUGCCCUGGACACGCGGAUUAUGUUAAAAAUAUGAUUACGGGAGCUGCCCAAAUGGAUGGUGGUAUACUUGUUGUAUCUGCACCUGAUGGACCAAUGCCUCAAACAAAGGAGCACAUUCUUCUUGCUCGCCAAGUUGGUGUGCCAUCUCUUGUUUGCUUUCUAAAUAAAGUUGAUGCUGUUGAUGAUCCAGAGUUGUUAGAGCUCGUAGAGAUGGAGCUACGUGAGCUUCUGAGCUUCUACAAGUUCCCUGGGGAUGAAAUCCCGAUCAUUAGAGGUUCAGCCUUGUCUGCUUUACAAGGUACAAAUGACGAGAUUGGAAGACAAGCGAUUCUAAAAUUAAUGGAUGCUGUAGAUGCAUACAUUCCUGACCCUGUUCGCCAACUUGACAAGCCUUUCCUAAUGCCAAUUGAAGAUGUGUUCUCAAUUCAGGGGCGAGGAACAGUUGCCACUGGCCGUGUUGAACAAGGCGUCAUUAAAGUCGGUGAAGAAGUGGAGGUGUUGGGUCUAAUGCAGGGUGGUCCUCUGAAAACAACUGUAACUGGAGUUGAGAUGUUCAAGAAGAUUUUGGAUCAAGGACAAGCGGGUGACAAUGUUGGUCUUCUUCUCCGUGGUCUGAAGCGUGAAGAUAUUCAACGUGGUCAGGUGAUUGCAAAGCCAGGUUCUGUAAAAACAUACAAGAGAUUUGAGGCAGAGAUAUAUGUACUCACAAAGGAUGAGGGUGGCCGACACACCGCAUUCUUCUCUAACUAUAGACCUCAGUUUUACUUGAGGACAGCUGAUAUCACUGGAAAGGUAGAGUUGCCUGAAAAUGUUAAGAUGGUUAUGCCCGGAGACAACGUUACAGCUGUUUUUGAAUUGAUUUCAGCAGUUCCACUUGAAGCAGGACAAAGAUUUGCCUUGAGAGAAGGCGGCAGAACAGUUGGUGCAGGUGUGGUGUCAAAAGUAAUGAGCUAGUACCGUUCUCUGUGACUCAAGUUUUAGUCUACACAUUUGCUAAAAGGGGUUGGAAGCCCUGAGACCUGACUAUUUAUCCUGAAAUAUACAAACCAUGUGCCAAGUAAUUAUCAUUUAGCGGUUGUGUUGGAUGAAGUUCAGUAAAUUGAGUAAAAUUUAGAGAAAUUAAUCUUCAAUGUUCAUUUUGUAGUGCAUAAUUUUCAACAUGCCUUUGAUCACUGCAGACUUUUUCUGCUUUAUGAAGAAUAAUGUGUAUCUUGUGUUCCAACAGUCCGAGCCAUUGAUAUUGGGUUUUACAAAUAUUUUGUUUUUAAUAACGAUUCUCAUUGUUUGAACCUCUA